GAGGGAACGUGUACCACACACACAUAAUAUAUAUAUAUAUAUAUUGGUUCAUUUUAACGUGUCGCGUUUUUUCAAAAACUCGUUUCGUUGGCGAUAUUUCGUGCACGUGAUUUUUACAUUGCAUAUUUUCGGUGUUUGCUUCAAUUUUUGGCCCAUUCACAAAGAAACAAAAACAUUCGAUACAAUUUUUACCGAAAUUGUCAUUUUUGUGUGAUUAAAUUUAUUGAAUUGAAUGAUUGUAAACGUGAGACAGCGAAUAAAACAUACAUUCAAACAGACAAAAAAGGGAAAAAAGUGUAAGACAAGCAAAAAGACGACGAAAAAAAAAAACAAAAAAUUUUAGUCAGUCGAGAAAGGAAUACGUUUACAUUCAAGGUAGAAAAAUAAAUUUAAACGAAGAAUAAUACAAACACAUACAAUUGGAAACCGGUGUUCAUUGCAUUUAUUUAUGGUUUGGUAUUAUUUCUGUUGUUUCAAACUAGUGCAUUUUAUUUCGAUUGUCGAAUUUGUUGAAUAUGUGUAAUUAAAGAACGGAAAAAAGCGAAGGGGAUCGAAUGGCGACAACAACAAAAGAAAUUCGAUUGAAACCGAAGGGAAAAUACACAUUAUUCAAACUAGAAUUUUUGUGUUUUCAACCAGAUCGAAUUCGAAGCGAUCAUAUUGCAAACUCUUCUUGCCGAAAAAAGUGACAGAAAUUACAAAAAACACAAACAAGUGACAAACCGUAGUGUUUUACGUGCACACUGUUUUUUUUUUGUUACAUAUAUAUACAAUUUUUUUUGUGAAAUGUUACUGAGAUUUUAACGGAAAACAAUUUAAUCCAAUGGAAUUAUUGUGUUGACAUAAAGGGAAAAUAGUGAAAAGAGAAUUGAAAGAAAAAUAAGUUGGAAACAAAUUCAAAAGUAUUGACGGAUUUUUAAAGUUGAACAUAAUCAACGCCGGCGAUUGGAAUACAUGGUUUUGUUUUGGCGGAGCGCAAAAUAAAAAUACAAAGACAAAAGGAUUCAUAAUAAUAUCAACAAUAAAAAAUUAUCAUAGGUUUCACCAAAUUUGGAUUUUCUGCUGAGUUUCCAGAAGUGAUAACAAACACAACAUAUAUACACAUAACGGACAUACAAACAGCAACCAAACAUCAAGCGGGCCAUAUUCUGCGUACGAUUCACGUUGUCAUUGUGUUGUGACGUUUAUAAAAUAGAAAACGGAUUUUAAACGAAUUCACUGGUUUGCAGUGUUGAUGAUGUGCACCAGCGGCUGUAAUAUAAAUCGAACUGCAUAAAAUGUGGCCAUUGCAACAGCGAAAGGCCACCAGCACCACCACCACCGUUGUCACUGUCAAUAAAACGACGGCGGCGGCAACGCGAACGGCAUCGUGGUCAUCGUCAUCGUUUCAUUUGCCGAUUGUUAUUUUAACGACGAUAUUUGUAUUGUUGUCGUCGUUUGUUUGCAAUGUUGAUGCGUAUCUGAUUGUGGUGAGCGACCAAACACCGGCCGGUGCCAUCAUAUUCAAUGCAUCCGUUUAUAAACUUGGUUCGGAGCGAUUGUAUCGCAUCAAUACACAUAAAUCGGCACAAUUUGUGCAUCAUUUAUUACAUGUCGAUCACAAAGACGGUCAAAUUCGUUUGAAAAAAUCGCUAAAAUGUGAUGGCAUAUUCUAUCCGAAUAUAUUCACAUUUUAUGUUGAUUCAACGACGAAUCGAUUGCGAAGCAUUGAUUAUUAUAGUUUACCGUUGCGAAUAUUGGUGUCGGGCGAUAAUUGUAAUGAUGAUUAUCACUAUAUGCAACACCCGACCACCAUCAACGGUACGGCAAUAUGGUUUGGACGAAAUUUUGAAGAGGACAAUCAUGUGUUGGACCGACGACGACGGCGACGACGGCGACGACGGCGUCACAUUUCCAGCAGCAGCAGUAGCAGCAAAAAUAAUCCAUUGGCCGUCUAUCAAAAUGGUUUGGUCAAUGAAACGGAUUACAAGCAUUUUAACGACGGUGACAUACUGUUUGAUAGUGUGCUUACAAAUUAUGAACGACACAAAAUGUUGUCACGCAAACGACGUGAACUUCAAUUGAACGAUGCCAUUUACAAUAAAAUCACCGAUGCCAAACAAUGGAUUACCGAAACAUAUGCAUCGUAUGCCAUUCAUACGACCGACAAAUGGAAUAAAAUUUGCAUGAAAAAAUCACAAUAUAUAAAUUCAUUGAAUGCAUUUUUACCGCGAACGAUUUGCCAAUUUUGUAAAGUGAAUUUUUUGGAUGUCAGCGAUGAACGUUUCAAAAUUGAAUUACAAAAUCGUGAUUUGGUUGCAAGCCGUGAUGUUUGUAUACCGGAACCAUUAUGGAAGGUGAUUGUCACACUAAAAGUGAAAUGCGAUCGACCGGAUAUUAUUGAUGCGGAUCAUCGACUGAAAAUUGUCUAUCAUCAUCAGGAAUUUAAUGACACCGAUAUGGCAAGACGUGUUAAACGUGAACUACGCAAUCAAAGUCCGUACUUUGAGCAAGCACUGUAUACGGCAUCGGUGUUGGAAGAACAACCGGCCGGUUCAACGGUGACAACUGUUCGAGCUCGUGAUCCCGAAGAUUCGCCCGUUGUUUAUUCGAUGGUGUCAUUGCUUGAUUCACGUUCACAAUCAAUGUUUAAAGUUGAUUCACGUACCGGUGUUAUUAGCACCACCACAUCAUUGGAUCGUGAACAAAUGGAUGUACAUUAUUUUCGUGUUGUUGCCACCGAUGAUAGUUUUCCGCCCCGUUCAGGCACCACAACGUUGCAAGUGAAUAUCUUGGAUUGUAAUGAUCAUGCGCCAACAUUUGAAGCCGAACAAUUUGACACGAGUAUACGUGAAAGUGCGACAGUGGGUUCAACGGUGAUUACAUUGCGUGCCACCGAUCAGGAUAUUGGGAAAAAUUCGGAAAUUGAAUAUUCAAUUGAAACGGUGAAUGGUGGUGGUACAACAACACCCGAUCAGGAUAUGAAUACAUUUAAAAUUGAUCCAAAAUCUGGUGUCAUUUCAACGCGCAGCAGUUUAGAUCGUGAAGUUGCCGAUAUUUAUUCGAUUGUUGUGCAAGCAACCGACAUGGCAACACCGCAAGAUGAAAGAAAAUCAGCAUCGGCCACGGUUAUUGUUAAAAUACUCGACGACAAUGAUAAUUAUCCACAAUUUAGCGAACGAACGUAUUCGGUACAGGUGAGUGAAGAUAAAUGGGAUGAUACGAAUAUUAUUGCACAAAUUCGUGCCACCGAUGCUGAUGAUGGCAACAAUGCGGCCAUUCGAUAUGCAAUCAUCGGUGGUAAUACUCAAUCACAAUUUGCCAUCGAUUCAAUGUCGGGCGAUGUUAGUUUGGUGAAACCAUUGGACUAUGAAAGUGUACGCAGUUAUCGGCUUGUGAUUCGUGCUCAAGACGGUGGCAGCCCAUCGAAAAGUAAUACAACACAGCUACUCGUCAAUGUACUCGAUGCAAAUGAUAAUAGCCCAAGAUUUUAUACGUCACAAUUUCAAGAGGCCGUUCUUGAAUCCGUUCCGGUCGGCUAUAAUAUUGUUCGUGUACAAGCAUAUGAUGCGGAUGAAGGAUCCAAUGCUGAAAUAAACUAUAGCAUUUCAGAUCGAAAAGAUUCAUUGCCACUUGCUGUUGAUUCACGCACCGGAUGGAUACACACGGUUAAAUCACUUGAUCGCGAAGAUAUGUCACGGUAUACAUUUCAAGUGGUUGCCACCGAUGGUGGAGUGCCUCCACGUUCGGCAAGUAGCUCGGUUGUGAUCACCAUUCAAGAUGUUAACGACAAUGAUCCAACAUUUAGUCCGAACUUUUAUGAAGCAUCGAUGGCAGAGGACCAGCCACCCGGUACACCAGUCGUAACGGUAACCGCAACAGAUCCCGAUGAAGAUUCUCGACUGCAUUAUGAAAUAACGUCAGGCAACACCCGCGGUCGAUUUGCAAUAACAUCACAAAAUGGACGAGGUCUGAUAACCAUUGCCCAGCCAUUGGACUACAAGCAAGAAAAACGAUUCAUUCUAACAAUAACUGCAAGUGAUUCAGGUGGUCGUACCGCCACCGCUACUGUAAACAUAAACAUUACCGAUGCAAAUAAUUUUGCGCCUGUCUUUGAAAAUGCGCCAUACUCAACGAGUGUAUUCGAAGACGUGCCAAUUGGAACGACAGUUUUGGUGGUAUCGGCCACCGAUAGUGAUGUUGGUAUAAACGCUCAAAUCACAUACUUUUUGAAUGAAGAAUCGCUGAAUAGUUUGGGUACAAGUGAACCGUUUGCAAUAAAUCCACAAACUGGUGCGAUAACAACGAUUGCACCAUUAGAUCGUGAAACGGUCAGCGCGUAUUUAUUAACGGUGACGGCAAAGGACGGUGGUAAUCCAUCGUUGAGUGAUACAACUGAUGUCGAAAUCUCUGUGUCCGAUGUAAAUGAUAAUGCACCGUCGUUUAAAGUGCCAUUGUAUCAAGCUUCAAUUCCAGAAGAUGCAUUGAUUGGAACGUCUGUUGUUCAAAUUUCGGCCUCUGACGAUGAUAUCGGAUUGAAUGGUCGUGUCAAGUACAUGUUGAGCGAAAAAGAUCGUGAUGAUGGUUCGUUUGUGAUCGAUCCAACAUCGGGAAUUAUACGGAGCAAUAAACAAUUGGAUCGCGAAACAAUAGCCGUUUAUCAUUUGCAAGCGAUUGCAAUUGACAAAGGAACACCGCCGAUGAGCAGUACAAUUGAGGUGCAAGUACGGUUGGAAGAUGUAAACGAUUCACCACCAACAUUUGAAUCUGAUCGCAUAACAUUUUAUGUGCCGGAAAAUUCGCCGGUUGGUUCGGUGGUUGGUGAAAUUCAUGCCCACGAUCCGGACGAAGGCGUAAAUGCAAUCGUUCAAUAUUCAAUUAUUGGUGGCGAUGAUUCGAAUGCAUUUUCAUUGAUCACACGACCCGGAUCGGAACGUGCGCAACUGUUAACGAUGACCGAAAUGGAUUAUGAAUCGCCGAAGAAACGCUUUGAAUUGGUUAUACGAGCGUCGAGCCCGCCAUUGCGAAAUGAUGUGACUGUCGAAAUUCUGGUCACCGAUAUCAAUGACAAUGCACCGAUUUUAAAGGAUUUCCAAAUUAUAUUCAAUAAUUUCCAAGAUUGGUUUCCAAACGGUGAAAUCGGACGAGUGCCAGCCUUUGAUGCGGAUGUCAAUGAUAAAUUGGUGUAUCGCAUUUUAUCGGGCAACAAUGCAAAUUUACUACGUUUGAAUGCUUCGACGGGCGCGUUAACAUUGAGUCCACAAUUGAAUACAAACGUGCCGAAGUAUGCGGUGAUGGAAGUAUCUGUUACGGAUGGCAUUAAUGAAGCAAAAGCAAUUAUGACACUGAUUGUUCGAUUAAUUACGGAAGAUAUGCUUUUCAAUUCGGUCACUGUCCGGCUGGAUGAAAUGACCGAAGAAGCAUUUUUAUCACCUUUGCUGAACUUCUUCUUGGAUGGUUUGGCUGCAAUUAUACCAUGCCCAAAGGAGAAUAUCUAUUUAUUUUCAAUUCAAGAUGAUACCGAUAUCAAUUCACGUGUUUUAAAUGUCAGCUUUUCGGCACGACGAUCCGAUGUGUCACACGAAGAAUUCUAUACAUCACAAUAUCUGCAGGAACGUGUUUAUCUGAAUCGAGCCAUUUUAGCACGAUUGGCCACCGUUCAAGUGUUACCAUUCGAUGAUAAUUUAUGUGUGCGCGAACCAUGUUUAAAUUACGAAGAAUGUUUGACCGUUUUGAAAUUUGGCAAUGCAUCGGGUUUUAUACACAGUGACACAGUUCUAUUUCGUCCAAUUUAUCCGGUAAAUACGUUUGCAUGCAAGUGCCCAGACGGUUUUACCGGCAGCAAAGAGCAUUAUCUCUGCGACACCGAAGUUGAUCUAUGCUAUUCAAAUCCAUGCAAAAACAAGGGCAAUUGCAUUCGACGCGAAGGUGGCUACACCUGCAUUUGUACCGGUGACUAUACGGGCGAAAAUUGUGAGACAAAAAUUGACACUCUGCCACCGUGUAUGACAGAUUUCUGUGAAGGAUCCGGCCGAUCAUCGUGUCAUCAAACCAAAAUGACACCACAUCCAUCGUAUACACAAACAUGCGAACUACGGUCCAGAUCAUUUCCGAAAAGUUCAUUUUUAACAUUUCCCAGUUUGCGACAACGGCAUCGUUUCAAUUUGAAAAUGAACUUUGCCACAGUCAAUGAAAACGGUCUGCUCUUGUACAACGGUCGUUACAAUGAAUUACACGAUUUUAUUGCAUUGGAAAUUCUCAACGGACACAUUUCAUUUUCAUAUUCACUCGGCCAGGAUAUCAAAUCGGUGACAAUCGAACAAAAGCGCAAAAUAUCGGACGGUCAAUGGCAUACGGUUGAAGUGGCCUAUUUCAAUCGUACGGUAACAAUUAGUUUGGAUGAAUGCGAUACAGCAUUAUUGUUGAAUGGUGAUUUGGGUGAAAAAUGGAACUGUGCGAAUAGUACAACAUUAGUAUUGGAUCGUCGAUGUUCACUGUUAACCGAGACGUGUCAUCGAUUUUUGGAUUUAACGGGACCAUUACAAAUUGGCGGUUUACCAAAAAUUCCGGCCCAUUUUCAAAUUCAAAAUCAUGACUAUGUCGGAUGCAUUUCCGACAUUUACAUCGAUCAUAAAUACAUCGAUUUAAAUUCAUAUGUGGCUGACAAUGGAACGACGGCUGGUUGUUCAAAGAAAACACCAAGUUGUGCAUCGGAACCGUGUUUCAAUGGUGGCACCUGCAAAGAGGGAUGGUCAACACAUACGUGUGAAUGUCCGGAAGGAUUUACUGGGCAUGCGUGCCAAGAGACGGUGCCGUUGCCAUGGCGUUUUUCGGGCGAUGGUUUGCUCAGCUUUAAUCCAUUACUUCGACCUAUUCAAUUUCCAUGGUUAACCGCGUUAUCGGUGCGUACACGACAGCGUAAUGCAUUUUUAUUGCAAAUUCAAGUUGGUCAAAAUAGUUCGGCAAUAGUUGCAUUGAAAAAUGGCAUUUUACACUAUAUUUUCAACGGUGAACCAAUGUAUUUGGCGGGCAGUGAUUUGGCCGAUGGUGAAUGGCAUCGCAUCGAAAUAAAAUGGUUGGGAAUGGAUAUUUCAUUUUCAGUUGAUUAUGGUCAACGCAUCGGCGUGGUGCCAAUGUCACAAAAAAUCUCCGGCAGUUAUGUGGGCAAAGUGAAUUUGGGCAGUGUUGACACAAGCUUUGGUCACAUUGAAGAUCUACCGCAUUUUGAAGGUUGUAUUCAAGAUGUUCGUGUUGGUGGACCGCAAUCGUCGUUGAAUCGACCAACCGUACGUGAAAAUGUUCGAGACGGUUGCGAAUCAAAAUCAACGUGUGAAGAUUCAUGUUUUGAGCACAGUUCAUGUGUUGCCGAUUGGGAUCAAACAAUGUGCGAAUGUUUACCGGGAUAUGUUGGUGACGACUGUGUACCGAUUUGUGCAUUGAAUCCAUGCACAUCGGGUGUGUGCCGCGUCGAUCAGAGCAAUCGCAAAGGAUACAAAUGCGAUUGCAGCAGUACAAACAAUACGGGCGAAUAUUGUGAAAUAAAUAAGAUGCAAACAUGUCCGGGCGGAUGGUGGGGUGAAAAAGUGUGCGGACCAUGUAAAUGUAAUGUAAAACAAGGUUAUCAUAUGAAUUGUAAUAAAACCACUGGCCAAUGCUAUUGCAAGGAGAAUCAUUAUCAGCCAAUCAACGAAACGGCAUGUUUCCCAUGCGAUUGUUAUGCCAUUGGUUCGUUUGGCGGCACCUGUAAUCGUUUGACUGGCCAGUGUGAGUGUAGAGAAGGUGUUAUUGGACGACGAUGUGAUUCAUGCUCAAAUCCAUAUGCCGAAGUAACGUUAAAAGGUUGUGAAGUUGUGUACGACUCAUGUCCAAGAUCGUUUGCAGCUGGUGUAUGGUGGCCACGAACGCCGCUUGGACAAGUGGCAAUUGAAAGUUGCCCAUCGCCGGCGUUUGGAAAGGGACGUCGUGUAUGCGACGGUGAUCGUGGCGGUUGGAGUCAUCCGGAUAUGUUCAAUUGUACAUCCGAACAAUUUAUCGAUUUGCGAAAACGUUUGUCACAAUUGGAAAAACGUGAAUUGGAAUUGAAUUCAUUUAUUUCGGUGAAAAUAGCGGCUGCACUGCAGCAUGCUACCGAUGUGGUGGGAAAUAUAAAUGGAAUUAAUGUGGCGAAUAAGAAUAGCGAUUUAAAAUCGAAAAUAACACCAAUCAAUAAGGAUGCGGUUUGGCUUGACGAAUACGAAAUGGAAUAUCUAACGGAUGAAGUGAAAUUCGUACAUGAUCGAUUGUAUGGUGCCGAUUUAUUGGUGACCGAAGGUUUACUACAUGAAAUCAUCAUUUAUGAACUUAUGCAAAAUGGUUUGAAUCUAUCGCAUAGUCAAGACAAGUAUUUUAUUCGGAAUUUAGUCGAAAGUGCAAGUGUAAUUUUGGACGAACGCUAUACUAGCGAGUGGAAACGUUUAACGCAAUUGACACAACGAAAACCGGGCGAUUUAGUCGAUGCAUUCAAUAAAUAUAUGACAAUUUUGGCACGAUCACAACAUGAUACCUACACAAAUCCAUUUGAAAUAGGAUCGAAUAAUUUGGUGCUCGGAUUGGACAUUGUAACCACUGAAUCAUUGUUUGGCUAUCAACCACAACAAUUGUCCGAAUAUUUCAAGGAGAAAUCGAAUCAUCAUUCAAAUCAAUUCACAACGGAAAGUGUGAUUUUGCCAGAUACCAGCGCAUUUUUACAACACAAUCCAAAGCAAAAGCCAAUGAUUUUCUUCCCCAAAUACAACAAUUACAUGCAAAACAAAAAGAAAUUCGAUCAUCAUACAAAAUUUAUGGUGCCAUUGGAUAUGUUGGGCAUCACAACACCCGAAGACGGCAACGAUCUCAUUCAUUCAACAAAUUCACAAAUGAACGAUAAACAUCGUGCAAUCAUUAGCUAUGCACAGUACAAAGAUAUGGGUACCUUGUAUGACAGUGCAUUCGAUGAAACAAUUACACGACGAUGGGGUGUUGAUGUGAAAAUUGCCACACCAAUACUAUCGCUGACUAUUCUGGUGCCGAGCACAAAUGAACAAUCAAAAUCAGCAAAUGGUGGUGGUUCGAAUGUAUCUUCGAAAAUAAUGUUGGGCCGUGACAUCGAAUCAAACCAUAUGGAACGGGAACGGGAACGGGAACGGGAACGGGAACGAGAACGAGAAAGAGAACAGACAAAAGUGCCACGCUAUUCAAAUCUGACCGUUUUCACAAAGGAUCCGUCCAAUUCAAACGAUCAAUUGAUAAAUAUUUCGAUACACGAUGUGGGCGGUGGCGAUGACGAUCAUGCCAGUUUGAAGAACAGCGCUGAGAUUGUCAUUAAAAAUUCGGCAGAGAAUUUCGAUGAGGCAUCAGUCUCAUUGGCACCAUCACCCACAAAGAAAUCAUUUGAACCUAACUUAAGUUUGGAAAACGAAGCCACCUACCCCGAUAAACGUGUUGUAAAGCGUGGCAUAUCAGACGGUAGCGACUACGAUGAAGACGAUCAACAAUUGGUGUACCGAAGUCUUGGUUCACCACAUUUAUCGCAACCGAUUAAAUUACAAAUGUGGUUGAACAUCGAACGCAGUCUCUUUGGUCCACGAUCAAAUCCACAAUGUGUACGAUGGAAUAGCUUUACAAGCUCAUGGACACGGCUCGGUUGUCAAACUCAGCCGCCAAAUUAUGAGGCUGAAUUUAUGAUCAUGGACGGACCAAUUAUCAUCAAUUGUUCAUGCACACACAUUUCCAAUUAUGCCGUUUUAAUUGAUGUCAUCGAUCCAAGCGACAUACCCGAACCGUCGUUACUCAUUCAAAUCACAACACUGUCAGCAUUUUUAAUAUCAUUGCCAGUUCUAUUUGUCGUUUUGGUUGCAUUGGCACUGUUGCGCGGCCUGCAAACCAAUUCGAAUACAAUUCAUCAGAAUUUGGUGUUGUGCGUUUUCUUUGCCGAAAUGUUGUUCUUCAUUGGAUUCCAAUCGCGACGCAAUUUAAUCGAUACGGAAUUUUCAUGUAAAAUUAUUGCGAUUUGUUUGCAUUAUGCAUGGUUGGCUGCAUUUGCAUGGACAACCGUUGAUUGUGUACACUUGUAUCGAAUGCUCACCGAAAUGCGAGACGUUAAUCAUGGACCGAUGGGCUUUUAUUUCUCAAUUGGUUACGGAGCACCGGCCAUUGUUGUUGGACUAUCGGUUGGCGUCAGGGCACAUGAAUAUGGAAAUAAUUUGUUCUGUUGGUUGUCGGUGUAUGAGUCCGUUGUGUGGUGGUUAGUCGGACCGAUAGCCGGAAUGUCUGUGGUGAACUUGAUGAUACUAUUUGUAUCGGUAAAAGCGGCAUUCACGUUAAAAGACCAUGUUCUUGGUUUCGGAAAUUUGAGAACGCUUCUCUGGCUGUCCGUAGUGUCAUUACCGUUGAUGGGAAUAAUGUGGGUGUUGGCUGUAUUGGCUGCAUCGGAAAAUUCUCAAUUGCUAACAAUGUUACUAUCCGGAGCGGUUGUGUUCCAUGCACUCUUCUGUCUAAUCGGCUAUUGUAUCAUCAAUAAACGUGUGCGGGAAAAUUUGAAUCAUACAUUUUUGCGAUGUUUGGGCAGGAAGGUGCCACUCUUAGAUUCAUCACAAGCGGUUAGUGUAAGCUCGCAGAAUGCCACAUCAAAUCCACGUUCGCCGGGCGGUUUUGCGGGUGGUUCAUAUGAAACAAGUCGCAAACACAUUGGCAUCAGUGCAUCGAGUACAACGUCGAAAAGCACAAACACAAAUAAAACCAGUUCCAGUCCGUACCGUAGCGAGGGUCAAAUUCGACACACAUCCACAUCAACAUCAAAUUAUAAUAGCGACGGUCAAUCGUAUAUGAGAGGUUAUAAUGGAAAUAGCAGCAAACGACGACAUCGAGAUGAUCGACACGGACGACGAUCACGUAAAGAAUCUGAUUCUGGAUCGGAAACUGAUGGACGAAGUCUGGAACUUGCAUCGAGCCAUUCAAGCGACGAAGAAGAAUCAAGAGUUGGACAAAGCGGCAUUGCUUCAACAUCACAUUGCAACAUUGGCGUAUCGGCAGCUUCAUCAUAUUUACCAAAUAUUACGGAACACGUUCAGGCAACGACGCCACCAGAAUUGAAUGUAGUACAGAGUCCACAAUUGUUCCCGAGCGUUCGACCGGUAUUUGCGUCGCGUUGGUCAAGCCAGGCGCCCGAAUCAUUUUUACCAAAUCCAAAUGUUGUAGGUCGAUGGUCACAGGAAACGGGUUCGGAUAACGAAGUGCAUCCCCAUUCAACGAGUUCACCAAACCCACUUCCAUUACCGCAUCCAGAUCUGACCGAUACCAGCUAUUUGAAUCGUCAGGCACACAAUCAAAUGGGCGUUCCAUCACCAUCGAUUCUCGAAAAUAUGCACGAAAACUAUAACAUUCGUACGAAUCCAACGCAAAUGAUAUACGACAAUGAUCGUUACAAAUACGAAAUGGAUCAUGACAAUUUGUAUGGCCAAAACAAAGACUAUCAAGCAAAUUACAGUGGUGGCGGUAGUAUUGUUGGCAUCGCCGAUACUGCAUACAAUUUAAAUAGUAAUUAUCAUUCAAAAGCAUCCGAUGCCCGAUAUACAGCUGCCGCAGCAACUGGCGUUCUAAGUGAUUCUGAAUAUCCAAAUAAUCAAAUCAUAAAUCAAAUGAUUCCACAGCAUACGAAUCAUUUUCUGUACGAUAAACAAAGAUCACCAUACAUGGGAUCGAAGACUGAACUACCGUACAUGUCAAAGGAUCGACUAUCGAACAACAUGUACAGUUCAACGCCACGUGAAAGCCAUUACAGUCUAAAAUCGCCGGGACUGUACAGCGGUGCCGAAUCAGUUCAUAGCGUUCAUUCGAUGCUCAAGAAUGAUUAUCAGCAACGUGCCACCGACUAUCAUUCCGAUCGAAUGUCAGAGACGUCUGAUAAAAAUGGCUACUCAAAUGGCUAUAUUUAUCCAUACAAUGCAGAAGAAGAUCAUCUAUCAAUGAUAACCAGAAAUCAGGCACUCUCAUCGAAUGACAUGAACUAUCCGUCGGUGUUGUCCACGAAUAAACUAUCGUCACGGCAAAGUUCACGAACAUCAUCACCGCCGGGUGUGACCACAGGCAUACAGCCCCUUGCACCGCUCACCAGCAUCACCGACACAAGCGAAUCGGAGGAGGAAAGGUUAUAUUGAUGAUGAUGAGACAACCGUUUAAACUGCCAACAAAAGACUGCCCAAAAAAAUCGAAACAAAAACUCAAGUCAAAAACAAUCAUCGGAUAAUAAUAACAAAUGCAUUCAUUCCAUCACCUUUAACAGACGAUCUGAAAGUUGCUCUCUCAUUGCAAAAAAUAUAAAUAUUUAUUUAGAGAAAUAUAAUGAAUAAUAAUCUGUAAAAAAAUGAGCUUUCAACAUACUCUUGAAAGAUAAAUAAAACAUUUUAAUUUAGCUUGAAAAUUGAACAAGAGAGCAGAGAACAAAAUACUUGUGUCAUACCAUCGAUCUAUUAUUAUUAUGAUCGAUAAAUUUCAUUUUAAAAUACAUCCAAUUUUACUGCCGAAUUGUCAAAUUAUUUACUGUUAAUUCCUAAUUCGACCAAGUAUGAAAAUUACUAAUGGAAUCCAUUCCUCGAGAAAAAAACAUUGCCAAAAAAGCUUCAAACACUUUGGGCUGAAGAAUUUAUCAAACGAUCAUUUGAAGCAUUUUAAUAAACACACAGCAUUUACUAGACGUAGGUUUACAUUCCAAAACAAAAAGACACACAAGUAUUUAUAUGUAAAUAAGAUGAGAUUUUUAAGUAUAAUUUUAAGUUUUAGUGUGUUGAAUCGAAUCAUAAUAACUAAAUGGUCAUUGUAAUGUAAUACACAUGCUUCACUUCCAAUUUAAUUUUUAAAUGAGAUAAAUUCGUUUAAUUUCAAUGGAAAAAUUAAUGAAAUUAGUUGAAUCAGAUUUUGCGAUAUCGAAUGCAAGACAUUUCUUUAUAUUUAUUUGAGAGAAAAAAAAAUGGGAGACAAAAAAAUACACACGACAAACAAGGAGUGCCUCAACUUUUGUUGAAUAUAUUUGUAGUUUUGAUUGAGCCGAGAAAGAAAAAAAGAAAAUGUAUUAGAAAUAAAGAAAAGAGAAGAAAAAAAAAGACAAUGUGAAGAGAAACUGAUCAAAACACAGAUGUAUGUUGAUUAAUUUAAAUGAAAAUUGUAAUUGAAUUUUUUUUAUUAAAAAAAAAAAAUAAGAAAUUGAACUAUUGAAUGAAACAUAGGGAAAUUAAAUAAAUAAUGGGUGAAAAUAGUGCAUCUCUUUAGUUUGUCGCUGUACGACUCAAGCUCCAUCAAUAACCGUUUGCUUUGGAAGUUUCAUUCAAAUUUUAUGUGAUUUUUGUUUGUAAAUUAUUAUUUCGUUUAUUAUUUGAUAUUAAUUUUUUUGUACAUUUUUCACAAAGACCCAGCAAUUCAUCAUUUUUAGCGUUUAUUUUAUUGCAAGUGAAAAAUAAACGAAACAAAAAGAAAAUCAACGGAUUGUAGAUUUUUCAUUGCAACUAGAUCUAUUUAAUACUACAUUAAUAUUGACAUUUCAAAAUGAAUAUUAAACGAUUAAGAACAACAACAACAAGACGUAGACAUAAUUUUAUGCUAUUAAUAAAGAAAUGGUAAUUUAUUUCAAAA